UUAUUUUGUUCUGGUUCCUGUAAAUGACAAAGCACAUAAAUAAAAGGUCACGACGCAUUUCGCUUUCAGUCUUUUCUUCCGACGCAGCCAGAAGAACCUCUACACUUCUGUACACCUAACACAGUGCUUGGCUGAGAUUUUGCUGUAAUGGCUCGCUUCAGUCUCUGGGUUGCAGCGUUGAGCCUGGUUUGCCUCAUCGCAGUGGUCACCUCCAACGAUGUUCCACAGAUGACCACCAGUGAGAACGUCUGUCCCCAGUUCUUCAAUGAAGGCUCCACCAUGACUAUUUCACGGGUCUUUGACAUGGUCGCAAUCAAAUUCAGGGAUUAUGUGCCGGACCUGGGCACUGAGCUGAUGCGUGACUUCAUGAAGUAUGCUGAUAGUGACCGGGAUGACCGUCUGAACCUAGCUGAAUGUCAGCAUCUCGUUGAUUUCAUCAAGCAUAGGACCCCAGUCCAGCAAAGAAAGUAGCUUAAACGUUUGGAUGUUAUAAAAGAAGCAGAUGCCUCAAGUGGAUUUUAACAGAUACACAGAAUAAGAGCUUAAAAUACUAGAUAGAUAGAUUAUAUGUAUAUAAUUUAUUUUGUAGCAAUUAGGAUAAUAUACUACAACUGACCUAAGUUUACUUAUAGGCAAGAGAAAGAUUCUGAUGUGACUGAUUCAUGCAGGAAUAAACUCUCAUUAAAAUGGGAA